UCCCAUUUCUGGAGUCUUCCAAAUCCCAGAGCUCCCUUACACCGAGAGAGAGAGAGAGAGAGAGAGAGUGGGGUGAAGAAGUAACCAUGGUUAACUUCAGGUUUCGCACAAGUUAAAGAACGUUCCUGGAAAGAGAAUGGCGAGAGUGAAGGAAACAGAGGUCCAAAACAAAUAAAGAAAUCAAGGGUGGGUUUUUCCUUUUAUGGUGUUGGCUUCGGGUUAUUUCUGAGUCAACUAGAGCGUUUCCAUUAUUGCUUUCCCUCCUUCUUAGAAGCUUCAAAUUCGCCUGGACGCGUUUUCAAUUUAAUCGUACGGCUUUGAUUCACUCCUGAUUCUCUUGUGGGUUUUUCCCGGAUCUUGCAAUCUUGAUAUUUCUGAUUAUCAAGUGUUGCAGAAAUGACUUACUUAAUAUCGUACUGGACUUGAAAUCUUUUUUACAGUUGGUGAUGGUCACUGUUUUUUGAAUUCUGGGUAGAGUUUGAGGCUAUCAAUUUAAUGAUUGAUAGUGAAUUCUACUAUUUUUUGCUACAAGAUCUAUUGCAAUCGGCUUUGGUGUUUGGCGCGUUCUUGGAAGGGAAGAAGCUCUCUUCCUUCUUUGCCGCCUCUGUCACCAGCCUCAUAGACCAUAGGAUUCUCAUUCCAUUUCAUGUCUCCUAAGUUAGAUAGCCCAGUUCAGACCCAGAUGGCUGUGGCAGUCCUUAAGAGCCCACUCAGUGGGGAAUAUCACGGGAACAGGAGAAUGGAGGGGAAACAACCUGCUGGCAGGAGACGGGUUUUUGUGCAAACUGAGACUGGUUGUGUCUUUGGGAUGGAAUUGGAUCGUGGUGACAAUGCACACACAGUGAAAAGAAGGUUGCAGCUUGCCCUUAAAGUCCCCACUGAGGAGAGUUGCUUGACUUUUGGGGAUAUGGUACUGAAUAAUGACCUUAGUGCUGUUCGCAAUGAUUCUCCUCUUCUUUUAACACGAAAUUGUCUGCAUAGAAGCUCAUCUACUCCCUGUCUUUCACCGACUGGCAAGGAAGUCCAACAGAGGGAUCGGAGUGGUCUUAUUGAGAUAUUGGGACAGUCAAAUAGCUUUUCUAAAAUGAAACAGUUGAUCAAGGAAAGUGUUAAGGCGAUUAAGAUGGGUGUUGAUCCAAUUCCUGUUCAUAGUGGGCUUGGAGGUGCAUAUUAUUUUAGGAACAGCAGAGGUGAGAGUGUUGCAAUUGUGAAGCCAACAGAUGAAGAACCUUUUGCACCUAACAACCCAAAAGGCUUUGUUGGUAAAGCACUUGGGCAACCAGGUUUAAAACGGUCUGUGCGGGUGGGGGAAACAGGAUUCAGGGAAGUUGCUGCUUACCUUCUUGACUAUGAUCACUUUGCAAAUGUGCCUCCUACUGCUUUGGUGAAGAUCACACACUCAAUCUUCAAUGUCAAUGAUGGGGUGAAUGGCAACAAACCUCACAAGAAGAAGCAGGUUAGCAAGAUUGCAUCUUUCCAACAAUUCAUACCACAUGAUUUUGAUGCAAGUGAUCAUGGGACAUCCAGCUUCCCAGUUUCUGCUGUGCAUCGUAUUGGGAUAUUAGAUGUUAGGAUUCUUAACACAGACAGACAUGCCGGAAAUCUUUUAGUAAGGAAGCUUGAUCGUGUUGGGAGAUUUGGGCAAGUAGAGCUGAUUCCAAUUGAUCAUGGUCUUUGCUUGCCAGAAACAUUGGAGGAUCCAUACUUUGAGUGGAUUCAUUGGCCUCAAGCUUCAAUCCCAUUCUCAGAUGAUGAGCUUGAGUAUAUACAAAAACUUGAUCCUGGAAGAGAUUGUGAUAUGCUGCGAAGUGAGCUCCCUAUGAUUCGAGAGGCUUGUUUGCGGGUCUUGGUUCUCUGCACCAUUUUCCUGAAGGAAGCUGCUGCUGCUGGUCUCUGUCUUGCUGAAAUUGGCGAGAUGAUGAGCAGGGAUUUUCGCGCUGGGGAGGAGGAACCCAGUGAGCUUGAGGUUGUAUGUAUUGAGGCUAGGAGGUUGAUUACAGAGAGGGAGGUGUUGUCUCCCCGGACAGAUUUGGGAGAUGAGGAAUUCCAAUUUGAUAUAGACUCUGAAGAAACAGAAAUUGACUACACUCCUAAGACGACAACAGAAGACUAUUUGACUGGAACACCUUUUCAAUUUGGAACUGUGGUUGGGAAUGGUCGUUUCCCUCUUUCAAAACUAGAGGAAAGCAUAGAGGAGGAGGUGGAGGAAGAGGAAGAGGAAAGCAUCGUGGACUAUAUAGGGAAAGAGGGGUUUGCUGAUCUACCCUUGGCUGAAAUGUCACCAACCAUGUCAAAGCUUUCUAUUUCACUUAAGAAUAGCACAUUAGGUGACAAGAAACAGAAAUGCCAGAAAUUGUCAGGAGCAAAACCAGAAAAUGGCUAUUUUGCUAAUACAUCUUCUGGGCAUAGGAGUGCUAAUGAGCAGCUUCCGGCAAGCAUGAGUUUUGUGAAGUUGACUGACAUAAGUGAGGAGGAAUGGACUCCGUUUUUGGACAAAUUUCAGGAACUGCUGUACCCGGCAUUUGCCAAACGGAAAUCUGUCACCCUUGGUCAGAGGCAGAUACAAAGGCUCGGUACCUCAUGCCAGUUUUGAGAUUGAGGUACCAGUACUAGGAUGAAGAAUAAGACUUGUAGGUUUGCGAGUGAUGGAUGACUAGGAUAGUUCAGUCUAAUGGGUUUUCUGCAUGGAAGGUGUUGUAGUUGGGAUCAACGGUAGGAGGGAACUGCUGUAAAUAUUGAUGAUGGCAUUAGCUAAGUGAGGACUAAGGAGCUGAGUAGAAUUGGUUUUAUUUUUUUGUUUGCUGUUAAUUUUGUUUCGUCUUUUACUCCUUGUGAACCAUGUUUGAUAAAUAAUUUGCGGAAUGAAAUCCUAAAAAAAGAAGAAAUGUUUUUUAAA